AUGAAUCUGAUUGCUCGGCUCUUUCUACCCCGCUCUGUCCGAAUGGAAAAAUCUCCAACUAUGUUUAUCGCCGACUCCCCAACAUCAUUUUGCCUUGUAUUGAGCACCUGCCGGAAUUUGGAAUCCAUCAUGUCUUCACGAGCCCAACAAGCAAGCGCCUACCUGCAGGAUUCCCGACAGCGAUACGGAUCUAGAAACCCCAAAUCCAAGGUGCAACACGAGCGAGCAGCCAGGCACUUACCAGGCGGAAACACGAGAUCUGUGUUACAUGGCUCUCCAUUCCCAUUAUGCAUGGCGAGCGGGCGAGCAAAUCGACUUGUGGAUAUCGAUGGACACGAAUACCUCGAUUUCAUGUGCGACAUGACCGCUGGACUCUACGGGCACUCCCAUCCUCUUAUUUCCGAGACCAUAACGUCGACCUUGGCCAGUACUGGGAUGAACGUGGGAGCGACAACCGUUGCCGAAGCCCGGUUUGCCGAAGCUAUAUCUGACCGGUUUACCAACAUCGAUCAGCUACGGUUUUGUAAUUCCGGAACGGAAGCGAAUCUGUACGCGUUGAGUGUAGCGCGACAGGUUACUGGCCGUCGCAAGGUAAUCGUCUUCGAGGGCGCGUAUCAUGGGGGCGUGCUAUCAUUCGCGCAUGGCGUGGCGCCAAAUAACGUCGAUAGAGAGGACUGGAUUCUUGGCCAGUACAACGAUAGAGAAAGCGUUGUCCACUUGAUUGCUGAGAAUAAACAUGUUGCAGCAGCAGUCCUGGUCGAGCCAAUGCAAGGAGCAGGCGGAUGCAUUCCAGGAACGGCAGAGUUUCUCCACGCUAUACAAGAGACAGCGAAGGAGAAUGGAAUUCUCUUUAUUCUUGACGAGGUGAUGACCUCGCGCCUCGCGCCCGGGGGUCUGCAGUCGGCCAUUUUACAUCCAGUCCGCAGUAUUCCGCUCAUGCCAGAUCUCACGACUCUCGGUAAAUGGAUCGGCGGUGGACUGAGUAUCGGUGUUUUUGGUGGUCGACAAGAUUUGAUGUCGGUUUAUGAUCCGCGUACCUCCAACAUUCAACAUUCUGGGACGUUUAACAACAAUACUCUCGCCAUGAACGUUGGGUAUAAAGCAAUGACAUCGAUUUAUACAGACGAAGCCUGCGCCGCACUAAAUGCACUGGGGGAUGACUUCCGCGUGCAUUUGCAGAAAUUGGCCACGGGGACAAAGCUGACCGUAACGGGCGUUGGCUCGGUGAUGACCGUCCACUUUUUACCUAAUGGAGGACGGAAAGAUAUAUCUCGCAUUCAUGACAUAGAAGUCGACCCUCAAGGCACGGAGGCGGCACUCCGCGACCUCUUCUGGCUCUACUUGGUCGAGCGUGGGCUCUGGAUUGCUCGUCGUGGAAUGAUCAGCUUCAUUCUCGGAACGACCAAAGAGCAGGUGGAUCAACUUCUUGGGGCCGUAAAGGAAUUUCUCGAGGACUUCCAGGAUGUCCUUGCUGCGGAGUAG